AUGUCGCUGGCCGACCCGUCUUUCGGAUCUGACAGUGCCGUGAUAUUAUACGCCGGAGUCUGGCCUUGGAAUAAGGGCAUCGUUACCCAGGACAAGCUGGUGGUGUUCCUCGCGGGCAUGCUACACCGGCAGUGCAGCCAAGGCAACGUCUUCGAGAAACACCUCACAAUCAAUACACCAGCACCCGAGCCUGAUCGUUAUUGGAACUUUGGAGUGGCACUGGCCCCCAAUGGCAUUGGGCAUUAUGGGAUCCUCACUGUGGCUAGCGAAAUGAACAUGGUGCUCUAUUAG